GGAAGACCCAUUUGUUAGAAGCAAUUAACAAAGCAGUUGCUAGUUGUUUAAAUUGCGUCUUUUAUGGUAAAUUUAAGUUGCCCUUACCAUUAGAGAGGCGUAUCCGGGAUUUAAACUUUAUGAGUUUAUAUUUUAAGGUUUAUAUCUCAAAAGUUAUGGUUCAUAUCUACUAUUUAUUGCAAUUUUAGUAAAUUUUUACACAUUAAUUUAUACACCACAUUGAAAGUACUGGGUUCAGAUGAACCCCAUACUUUGAAGCUACAUUCGCCCCGGCUUACAAUGAGAGUGAGUAGCGUGAGGAACCUUAUACCUCGAGCUAAGAUUUUUACAGCCAAGAGAAAUGCACCAAUGCGGUUUUAUCACUACUCAGACGAAGAAGUCGAGGACGAGUCUUUUCCUUCUGAAUGGUACGAGAAAGCUUUCUCAAAAUUAACAAACUUGAGCCACUUGCUAAAGAAUGUGGACUUAGUUGAUGGAAAGCUAGUAAAUGUUAGUGAUCACUCGAGAGUUUAUGAUGGGAGCUUGGAACAAAAGGUGUCUUCUUUUAAAUCACUUGCUAGGACCUUUAUUGGGUGUCCAUCAAUGCAAGAAAUGAUGAAAAAGAAUGUGGUACAAGCAUUAGCUGAUGUACAAUGUGAACAGCCCGUAUUUUUCAGUAAAGCUAGCGAGAGGGAACCGAUUACAGUUGAUUCCCUCACGAAAGUGUCAAACUUCUUGAAUGUUUCUGCACAGCAAAGGAAGCUUGUCAGGCAAUCGAUAUGUGUACAGGUCACUAAGUACCCCAUAUGGACAGGGGCAAUCGAGGAGAUAUUGAAUGGACUGAAAUCUGAGAUUGAUUUUCUAAAUUGUAGGUGUCCGAAUAAAGAAAUUAAGAUGGCGCAACAAAUAGUUACAACUUGUCAAAAGUUUUUAGAAAGUGCCACUUCUUAUGACCCUGAAUCCACUUCAUGGAUGCGCCUAAAAGGCGUGGAUUCACCCGCUUCUCACAAGUGGGAAGAUGUUCUUGAAAUGUUCAGCGACUUUAUUAAUUGCUUGUGUGAAGAGACAAAAUUAACUUCGGAGGUAAAGAAGCUUGAGGUCAUGAAAGAGGGGCUUUAUCAGAUUAGGGAUGCUUUCAUAGACAAGAACAUUGGGUAUAAGGAAACUCGCCACCAGGAGAGUUUAGUGCAUAAAAAAUUGAGUAAGACAUUGGGUCACUCAUCACGAUGCGUGUUCACACUUCUUCUUUAUUAUCUUUAUGGCAGCGUUUGGGAUAUUGAAGUUGAGCUUUGUGGAGGAGUUUAUGCAAUUGGUCGCGGGGAUAAGUUCCGUCUGUGCAUGGGAAAGAUCCUAACGUCCAAUGAGCAGAAUAUGGUGCACAGCGGGGUAAAGCAGCUAAGCAGAGCUCUGGGGCUUUUCAAGUUUGUAUGGGAAACGGCUGGAAUGAAAGGCGACCUAGAAGUACAAGGCCAUCUGUGGUGCAUUGGUGCCAAGAAUAAGUCAUUCAUCUAUAGAAAUAAUAUGUUCUUCCUGCAUUCUGUUAGUUGCUGAUGUGAGAGACAGCGAGAACUCGAAAGGUGGAAGAUGCAUUCAUGAGUGAUGUCUAUAGUAGAUCUGUUUGCAGUCUGGCUGCUGACAGCUCCGGGUAUUGAACAAAAGUUAGUAAUUCCUCAUUAUGCUGGAAUGAAGUUGUUAUUAUAGCAGAGAACAUGUCGCAAGUGUUCUCUUUUACUACUUUUGGUAUGAAAAUCAGAUGUGCUUUUCACCACAUUGUUGUACCGUAGCCAUAACUGGCUUUCUUCUUCUUCGGGAACUGUGUUGUGGACAACUCCAUUGGUUAUCUACACUCUUGGUCACCAUAAGAAUACCUUCAUGCAGCAACAAAUUUGAUUGUAGCCCUCAACUUGCAAUGGGUGCCACGACAUAAGUAGGCAAUCCUGUUAAAGAAGGCCAGAGACGGACCAUUAGGAUUGAGGAAUAGGAAUAACAUUAAUCCGACAUAAUAGUGAAUUGUACUACCAACAACGAUGAAAUAUCAUCUAUAGUACAAUCUUUGUGCUUCAUGCUCUCCAUUGCCUCUACACUAACCAGUUCGGUGUAGUAAAGGUGUGAUCAACCUACCGAUUGUGUUUUAAAGUCAAAUCUUGAUCGUAUAAGUGAAAAGCAUAGAUUCUGUAACAUUACGAAAUUUGUUUUUACGUAUUUAGCUUUUUCAUAUUCUAACUAAGAAAAUGCAGCAAAAGAACUUUCCCAAAUUCCAGUUGGAGUCUUGUCUUUUAUGAUUAUUACACUCUUUUUUUGUUU